AUGUGUGGAAUUUUGAGGCUAUCGUCGCUGUCGAAGCUUGUUCUAGACAUCCUGUCUGCUGAGGUCAACGAGUUCCAGGCACGUCUGGGUGUGGAAGUCUAUGUGCACAUCACCGUCCGUGUCUACUUCACCUACACCCCGGGAUACCUGGCCCAUGUGAUUCAUCGAGACAUGCAAUUCCUUGUGUACCAGUACCUGGAGAACAAGUAG